AUGUUUUUAGGUAGUCGAUCAGGGGUCGGAUUAACGAAAGAAUUAAAUCAUUCAAUCAAUCAACGAAGAAAACAAGAACAACACUGGGAAACCUUCAAUGCAAUCAAACAGACCGAUGCAAAACACCGAUUCGCUGCGGAAUGGGAGAGCAAAACAACAACCAAAAUACAAAAGGGCCAACUUCAAAAGAGGCUCGAUGAACUUCGAAAGGAAAAAGAAAAGGAUUUAGAGAGGCGUAGAAAUAAACUUGCAGAAAAGUUGGCACUUGAGGAUGAACAAUUUAAACAGGAAUUAGAAUCAAUGCAAGAGACGACCGAAGAGAGGCGUAGAAAGCUAGAACAACGAGCAAAGGAAUUGAAGGAACAAAGAAUCAUGAGAGACCAAAUCUCUUCGCGCGAGAAACAACAUCAACGAUUUGUACAAAAUAAUGAUAUUCUUCGUGAUGCAAAAACAAGGAACAAUACUCUUAAAUGUGCAGCUGACAGAAUGAAACAGCAAGAAGAAAAAGAGGAACUAAAAUUGAUAGAGAAAGACAGAGAGGAAUUCUUUAACCAGUUAUGGGAGCAAGAUAGGAUGAAGAAGGAAGAAAGAGAACGUUCAGAACGAGAAAAACAAUGGAUGAUGAACGAACAAUUAAAGCAAUCUCUUGAUGACCAAAAGAGAAAACUCGAAGAGAACAAGCAAGAAAUACAACGAUUAAAAGAAGAAGAAGGCAAAUUACUAAAGGAGAAAUGGUCUCUUGAAGAAGAAGCAGAAAGAAGAAAACAAAAAGAAAGCAACAAAGAUUGUUAG